CCCUGACCCAGAAGCAUCUUUCAAUGCGGUCCUCCCUGUUUUCCAUCGGUGUUGCAUUUUACUCUUUGGGGUUUUCUUCUGGGAGAAGAAGGUGUCGGUGUUAACCAGGCGCGUCCGGCGAUGCCGCCCGCCGCCAGCCAGCCCUGCGCCCUCGGUGGAGAUGACGGCAGUGCUUGAGGGCGAUGUUUUUCGCCGGGACCGCGCGGCUGGCGAGGCGGUAACGCCGAGGCGGGGAGCAGCUCCACAGCCCGCUGCCCUCACCGGAGCCGCCGCCUGAGCAGCGCUGUGCCCCGGCCGGGCGCCCGCGGCCCCGCCGCCUCGCCUGGGGAGCAGCACGCCCGCUCCGGGGGCUCCUCGGGGACGCGCCGGCUUCCCCGCCGGCUUCCCUGCCGGCUUCCCUGCCGGCAUUCCUGCGCCAUCCUGGGGCGGCCCGUCCCGCACACGUGCCGGGCCAAGGGAAUGAAUUCUCUGCACCCAGACAGCAAUAAACCUUCAGCUGCUGACCACUGACAGAAAUCUAUAUACACCAGUGUGGGAAACCUCAGCUUUAAAUGAUUCAACAUUUGUUCCCUCUGAUGACACCGUGAAUCUGGGAAUGAAGAACUUCUUAGAGCUGAUUGGAAAUGGCAUUGCGGAGCUGAAACUUAACUGGAGGAAAUACAUCUCCUGAAGAAGAAAAUAUAAUGCACUGUAAGGAUCUGUCUUCUGGUGAAAAAUUCAAGCCUAGAGAAAACUUGUCCGCUUUGUUAGGAAGAAUGGGUUGGACAAUUUUCUUCAGUUCCAAAGGAUAUCUGAAUGCCAUGCUGAGCUUAAUCUCUGCAGCAUGCUCUGUGCUUCUCAUCUCUUCCUGAUGCACUGCAUGGUUAUUCUGAAGGGGAGGAUAAAGAAACUGGCCACCAAGAUGGUAAUCACAAGUGGAAAUGAAGAAGAUAAAGGCAGUCAAGAAAAGGAAAGCAAAGAAGAAACCAUCUUGGCCAUGCUUGGAAUUAUUGGGACAAUUCUGAACCUCAUUGUGAUCAUUUUUGUGUAUAUUUAUACAACGUUGUAAACUAGAAGGCAUGCAAAUAGACCAGAUAAAACGGCCAUUAAGAGUGACAACAAACAUUGCUGACUAUUGACAAGUUCUUUAAUCAGAAUUGACUCUGUAUUAUAUUAACACAUCAUAAAAGCACUGCCUGAAGGCAGCGAAGACUGAAGCACAAUUAAUUUAACAAGACUUUUUCACAGUAAUAAGCUUAACUCUUCUCUCCUGCCCUCUCCCUUUUGGUUUGGUUUUCAGUUUGGGGGAGAAUGACUGCAGUUAUGUAAGUUGUAGCUUUGAAGAAAUCCACCAGGGAUAUGUUGUUUUAACACAAUUAAAAAAAAAAAAAAGGAAGAGAAAAGAAAGGGAGAAAAAAAAAAAAAGAAAGAAACUGUAAACUAUAUAUAAUUAGAAAUGUAUGUUGUAUACCCGCAAAGAUUGAACUCAAAGAUAGCUUCAUAGCACAGAUCACGUGUCUGUUAGGUCAAAUGGUUUUUUCUCUUGGUUUUUGCUUUUACUUACAUUGAAUCUGACAAGCUUUUUAUUUAGAAUGAACAUAUGGUGCAAUCAUGAAAAAAACAAUUCUGUUGAGCAAGGUCUGCCUAAACCUGAUAAAAUGUUGGGAGAAAUAUAAUACAUGGUUAUUUUUCCUUUCUCAUUUGCUUAACAUCUGUGUCUGUUCAUACCAAUGUUUAUAAAUAUAUAUUUUUAAUAAAUGUGCUAUAUUUUUAGCAUGAACCAAA